AUGUCUAAUCAACGUUAUACUAGUAGGAACAGCCGUUUGUUUAUUAUUGCUGGCAAAGGAAUAUCUGAGGAUGAGUAUCAUAAAUGCUUCGGGAAAUAUGGUACUAUCCAAGAUGUUUAUAUUGUUAAAGAUCGACAGACGAGUGAAGAAAAAGGAAUUGUAUAUAUUAAGUUUAGCAAAACUUCAUCUGCCUUUCUGGCAAUGGAAGAAAUGAAUGGCAAGUGUGUACCAGGACAUCCCAAACCACUUAAGGUUUUAGUGGCUAGUUCAAAGAGAGAUGGUUCUGUACGUGAUCCCCGUGAAGAAGAAAGGCUGGUUCGUCUCUUUGUCAUUGUGCCAAAGUCAUAUUCAGAGGAUGAUGUUCGAAAAGAAUUUGAAAAAUUUGGUGACAUCGAGGAUGUGACAAUUCUGAAGGAUCGUAAAUCAGGUUUUGGUUAUGUCAAAUAUCAUCGGCCAUAUCAUGCAGCUCUUGCAUAUGAAUCCUGUGAUGCAGUUUUUAAACCCAGAUUUGCUGAGCCUAAGAUUACCCGGCAUGAACGAGAUUAUGAUCCCAAUGGUGGUGGUGGUGACUAUUAUGAUUUUAUGGAUCGAGAUUUAACACUAGAAGCAGAAAUGGCUAACCACCGUUAUCCGAAUACGAACGAUGACCCACCAAACAGUCGUUUGUUUAUUAUUGCUGGCAAAGGAAUAUCUGAGGAUGAAUAUCAUAAAUGCUUCGGAAAAUAUGGUACUAUCCAAGAUGUUUGGAUCGUCAAAGAUCGACAGACAAGCGAAGAAAAAGGAAUUGUAUAUAUUAAGUUCAGCAAAACUUCAUCUGCCUUUCUGGCAAUGGAAGAAAUGAAUGGCAAGUGUGUACCAGGACAUCCCAAACCACUUAAGGUUUUAGUGGCUAGUUCAAAGAGAGAUGGUUCUGUACGUGAUCCCCGUGAAGAAGAAAGGCUGGUUCGUCUCUUUGUCAUUGUACCAAAGACAUAUUCAGAGGAUGAUGUUCGAAAAGAAUUUGAAAAAUUUGGUGACAUUGAGUCUGUGACACUUCUGAAGGAUCGUAAAUCAGGAGAGACCAAAGGUUUUGGUUAUGUCAAAUAUCAUCGGCCGUAUCAUGCAGCUCUUGCAUAUGAAUCCUGUGAUGCAGUUUUUAAACCCAAAUUUGCUGAGCCUAAGAUUCCCCGGCAUGAACGAGAAUAUGACCAUAAUGGAGGUGGAGGUGUUGGUGUAGGUGGUGGAGGAGGAGGCGGCGGUGGUGGUGGAGGAGGUGGUGGUUGUGACUAUUACGAUUUUAUGGAUCGAGGUGUAAAACGUGGCUUUAAUGAGAUGGGCGGAAGAGAUGACUUUGGCUUCCGUGGCCAGGACAUGUAUGGUGGUGGUGGUGGCGGUGGCUAUGGACCUCCAGGGCCUGAUGCUAUGCCUCCUUACCAGGGUGGUGCUGGUCUUGGUGUAAGUGGAGGCAUGGGAGUUGGAGGUGCUGGUUCAGGUGCUGGCAUGGGUGCUCUUGAACCAAUACAAAAUUAUGCCAACAAUGGAUGCCAACGUUUGCAUUUGACUGUUGGGCUUGGACUCAAUCAGUCUUACCUCACCCGGUUGCUCUCUCUCAUUCCAGGUCUUGAAUACUGUGACCUCAAUGAAACCACUGGGAUUGCAUAUGCCAGAUACUGCACUCCCCAAGCGGCUGCGUAUGCACGUGAUAAGUUGGAUGGAUUUGAAUAUCCUAUUGGGAGUCGGAUCCAUGUACGUUUUGCUGACCAGGCAGCCCCAGUUGACAUGAACCUGGGUUUUGGAGACAGUUUUAUGGAGAGCUCAGUGGGUCCUUUUCCAAUGUGGACCUCCACACCAAAGGAUACUUACAAAAAGGCAGCUAUGGUCUUAGAGAAAGCUGGCAUCAACCCAGAACGUAUUUUAGCAAAAGAACAAUUGUUGGAACGUGUGCGUUAUUCCAAUAUCAGUCUGCCCAGAACGCAGCCACUACGAUCAGAGGAUACACCUGUCAGUCAGCGCCUCUUCAUUGUGUGUCAACCAUCUGCUGUACCAGAGAUCAUUCUGCGUGAUUGUUUCUGUCGAUUUGGAGAUCUCAUUGAUGUUUAUUUGCUUUCUGGUCGCAAUUAUGGCUAUGCUAAGUUUGCUUCCAAAGAGCCGGCCUUGAGAGCCAUGCACACCCUCCAUGGUCAAAGUAUUGGUGGACAGCGGCUGAAGGUGUUAGAGGCUGAAUCUCCCAAAGGGCCACCACCAGGCAUUGAGCAAUCAGACAAGAUGCAGAUGACCUCACUGGCAGACUUGUUACAAUGA